GCCCAAUUUGUACGUGACACGUAUAGUGUAUAGUGUAAUGAUGUGUAUAAGAAUUGAGUAUAGUUCACUUUUUGCUUCAAAUUUCAUAUAUUUAACAGAAAAAGUUAAGUUCCACGGCAAUUUUUAAGGCAAUUAAAUUGAAUCACAAGUGUUUUCCGUAUCUUAACAGUUAAAACCAUAAUAUUAUGAAGUGAACUAUGAUGAGAGGAAAUCCGGCGUCCGCGACAACAAAAAACGGGCGCAAUUCUUGUUAAUUAAUCAAUACAUUUCCUUAUGUACUUAUUUAUUAAAGGUUUGAUUUGUGACUAAUAAUAGUGCCCCCCCCCCCUAAUAGUACACUUACCCACCCAGUCAUGGAUAGUGGACUAAAUGGAAACAGAUGAAUAUAGCUGCAGCGGGAGCGGGGAUGGCGCCUGUAAACGUAUCGCUGGUACUAAGCUUUCUAAGAAGUCUUACAAGGAGACUUGCAAGUUCACCAUCAACAGUCUGCUAAGUAAGCCAGAUAGGCCCCACAAGACCCCAGCUCCUCAUGUUAACUGCAAGAUAACGAACAAGAAAGCUCACACCGUCUUCAGCUUCAACGACUCACCGGAGAAACUGAUCAAGAUAAAGAGCCCGCAUAUGCUUACUGCUGAGGUUAAGAAGCUCUACUCACCCCCCAAUAUUGAAGGAUAUCGCUUUAUUGGCUCUGGGUCUAGAGAAGGGUUGAACCUAGCAAAAGAAGGGAAGUACAAGCCAUGUGCUGGAGGAGUUUACAGUGCUAGACCCACUACCACAACUGUGUCUGCUACAUUCCGACCAACUACUGCUCAGCUCCUUUAUCAGCGUCAGUUGAGUAAACAAGAGCACCGAUCAAAGGACCGCAGUGAUAACAUUAGUGAGACUGGCUUUGAUUCAGAUAACGACCCCUUCAAGUUUACAGCUAGUAACUGCUCUAACGGACACUCUCCUGAGUUUGACAAGUUUGCUUAUCACUCUCCCGAACAUUCCUCAUGCCACUCCGACACUAAACUUUCCGGAGAGAUUAAGUUCUCGCUUAGUGAAUCGAGCAGUGGAUUUAGUGAUAGGUCACGUGAUAAACUGGAUUCUCGUCAUGUUAAAACAGAGCCAAUGAAGGUUGAGAAAUCUGACUUAUGGAUUCCUGAAAUAAGAGCUGAAAUAAGUGACAGCCCUAAACCUACAAUUGUAUUUUCUCCACCAAUUGGUACAAUGAGUGACACUCCUGGACUAUUAGCUCCUAUAUCCAGCCCAACUACUAGUAGUAGCCACAGUAACAUCAGUACUAAUGUUAUUACUGACAUGCCGUUAUCUGUGCCCUGUCCCUCCUCUAAUAUCCUGGACACUGAUGGAGGUAUCCCCAACUCACCACCUAAAUCAUCUGAAGAACAAGUUACCAUAGCAACACCCUCUUCCAAAUUAUACCGUGGAAAACUCUCAUUUUUCAAACAAGCCAUUUCUCAGGAGAUUUCAACCUUGUCUGAGAAAAAAGCAUUAGCUCAGUUGACGGCUGAAGCUGUAGAAAAUAAGUCGACUUUAGAGUUGACUGAACCGGUAGCUACUGUGGUAAUGCCUCAGCUAGUGACUCCUGAAUCUCCUUCUUUAGUUUCGGUUACAAAUUCUGCCUCCCUGUCCCCUGUCCCUGUUGGUACCAAUGCUAUCAGAUCUUCUGUUGCUGGGAUCAGAUCUCCUGUUGCUGAUAUCAAAUCUCCUGUCGCUGGGAUCAAAUCUCCUGUCGCUGGGAUCAAAUCUCCUGUCGCUGGGAUCAAAUCUCCUGUCGCUGGUAUCAAAUCUCCUGUCGCUGGGAUCAAAUCUCCUGUCGCUGGGAUCAAAUCUCCAGUUGCUGGGAUCAAAUCUCCUGUUCACAUCUCCAAUAUCAAAUCUCCUGUCGCUGGGAUCAAAUCUCCAGUUGCUGGGAUCAAAUCUCCUGUUCACAUCUCCAAUAUCAAAUCUCCUGUCGCUGGGAUCAAAUCUCCUGUCGCUGAAAUCAAAUCUCCUGUUCACAUGACCGGUCCAGUUCUGAAGUCUCCAAAGCUGGAUAAUAUGACUAAUAGUGUUACUACUGACAAACCUAACAAAGUUAAAGAUAUCACCAAGUCUCCAGUUCCCGCUAAAGAAAGGGUACCUCUAUCAAAGGACUUGCCUACCAAUGUAGUGAGAAAUGUCGUGAAAAGGCCUCUACCUGUUCAAGCACCACAGAAAAAUACCAACAAUCAGAAAACCAAAUCCCCUGUUACUAAAAAUAGCUACUCUCCUGUCUCUGCUAAAAAGCCCCCUCAAAAAGUGGUCCACAGCAUUAACUCUAGCCCCAUUCCUUUCGUGAUGAAUGGCCACAAAGUUAACGUAGUGAAGAUUGAGAAGCAUCACAUGAACCCACACGCCCAGAUCAGUCAUAAAGAUCUCUCUGUGUUUAAGUUUACGAACGAUCAGCCGCCCCAACACCCCGGCUAUCCUAUACCCUUCUCAGAUUACAUUAAAGUACAAUCUCGCAAAAGGAAGAUCAGCGGAGAAUCCCCCAAAUCGGACAAGACAAAGAAAAUGGUUAAAACCAGCAUACUGUCUCCUCCUCACCAGAUCACAUUUUCCCCAUCUUCUCCCACUCAUCCCCCCACUGAGAUUGUUAAGGUGGAGAGUUCCGUACAAAACAAAAAAACUGCUCAAAGUCCCAAACUUUCUCAUCCAGCCAAGUCCAGGAAAAUAAGUGGUCAUUCUGUCAUGUCCACCACUAAGAAGACUCUUCACAACAAACUUUUGUCUCAACAAGGUCAAAUAAAAACAAAAGUUUCGCGGUCUCAAUCCUGCCCGGCAGUUAAAGAAGAACCAGCAACAGAAGAUAAGGAAACAACUUCCCCCCUACCAGAAGCUACUGAGGAGACACCGGCUGUGAAGACUGAAGCUACUGAGGAGACACCGGAUGUGAAGACUGAAGCUACUGAGGAUGCCACAGUCUGUUCAGGCUGCCCAGUUAAAACAGUAGGGACCCCCACUCCUGUCAUGCCCACACUGGAUGAUCCUAAGUGUUGUGUCUCAGUAGAGCCGUGUCCAGAUGGGGGAGCUACUGUAGUGAGACUGAAUAUGGACGUGUUCAACACUCUCACUACACAUCAGCAGCACCUCAUAGUGGACUACUUCUUUGAAGUUACAUUCGGAGAAACUAACGGAGUAGCUGAUCAUGUGAUGGGCAUUAUUAGCAACGGCUCCCAAGACAUGCCCAACGUUCUCAAGUACCUAGUGGACAAUCAGCCCGGCCUCAAGGUUAAACACCAGGUACUGGGCAAGAAGGACGUGUUGAGCUGCACUAUCAGCGAGUAUUACGACAAAGUAAAGGACAAUCACUCGCAGUGUAUUUACCACGAAGGCGGACUACAGCAUGUAUCCUUAGUAGGAACUAAGAGUGAAGAGAGUGGUGCACUGUUCCCUGAGCUAAUACAGCUGAUGGAACUCAACCCUUUCUUUGAAGUUACACUACCCUGGGGCUCCUUGUCAAGGUACGAUGGUCUGGACCCUACUAUCAGCAAUGAUGGUCCCAUAUUCUGGGUGAGACCAGGAGAGCAGUUCCUGCAAUCAACCUCGGGUUCCAGGAACCACAAGGGAUACAGGCUUCUGAAGAACAGGGAGACUCUUGUGCCGGACAGAACCACUCCACAUGCUGACCAUUCCUGGGAGGACGGUAAAACCAUUGCAACCACUGCUGCUGCCGCCUUCCUACAGACUGUUCAGUUUCCUGGUGCCCCGAGGGACGCUCAACAAUCUCAUUCUCUUAAAGAUGUCAUAGCGUUUGAUGCAGCCAACUUUUACCAGCUUGCAGAGGAGCUGCAACUGGACCUGUACGAGCCGCCCAUGACACAGUGUGAUAUAUGGAUAGAGGACGCUAAACUCAAUCAGCUACGAGAAAGCAACGUUAAAUAUGCUAAAAUACGGCUCAGAGCAAAUGACAUGUACUUCAUACCCAGGAACGUUAUUCACCAGUUCAAGACUGUGGCGGCGUGUUUAAGCGUGGCCUGGCACGUGCGGUUAAAAAAGUAUUAUGAUUCCUGAUUUAUGAUAGUGACUUUAUUCUCUUUUCCUGGUUUCUAACAAGAAAGUGUGUACAGUAAUAUUGUCACCACGUUUUUAUUGUCAGUUUCCUUCAGAGAAUUCCAUAGCAUAGUCUAGCCGGUGAUAUUGCAGUAAUUUUAACAGUACUAGUAGUGUACCACUAGUAACACUACUACUAGUAGUACAACCAUUUUAACAGUCAACCUAUUGAGUGUUCCCAUUUUUAAAACAUUUUUAUUUAUUCAAGCAUUUGUGAUAAUUCAAAAUAAUAAUUUAUUUAUAAGUUGUCUGAGUGUGUGAAUACAAUUUGUCACAUGAAAACUAGAGGAGUAGUGUCACUACUAGCAGUAACUAGAGUUAUAGUUUGUCACAUUACUAGAGUAGUGUCACUAGUAGCAGUAAC